CUUUCUUGCAUAAUAUAUUACUAAAUUGUUUAUGUGUGUUUGUUGGCCACCUCAUGAUAAAAAUAUUGAAGAAGAAAGGCUUGAUAGAAGCCAUCAUCGUCCAAAUGAGUCUCAACCACAUGUGGCGCAAGCAGAAGUUGAAAUUACUCUAAAUCCGUGUUUCAUAUUUCUAUUAUUUCAAUUUUAUUUGCAGACAUUAUUUGUUAUUUAGUUUUGAUUGAAUGAAAAUAAAUGUUCUCUAUUUAAGUUUCCUUUUGGGUUGUACAAAAUAAUCUUCACGAAAAAUGAAGGACGAGAGGAGUUUGUAGUACAUCACAAUAACCAAAUCUAACUCACAAUCAACCCUCCAACAAAUCCCUCCCUUUUUUCUGGAAAAUAAAAAACUCAACCAUAACCAAGUUGUGCAAGACAUCCCUUUAAGAAUGUCAGUUGAUCUUUUUUGAGAGGGAGAAAAAAGAGAGGGUUGUAAAUGGUUAUUUUGGUGAGAAACCGUGGUUAAAAAGAAUCCUUACCGCCCCUAACAUUUUUCUAAAAAGAGUAAAUAGAGAGAAGUCUCUUCCAAAAAAAUCUUAUUUGCUAAAAAGAAGAAGAAAAGGAGCAUUCCAUCUUUCCCAAAUACUUCUGUCUUUCUUUCGCCUUGAUUUCCCAUUACUCGCGGGGUCUCAAGAGACCCUGCCCUCUUCUCCCCCAUCAUUCUCAUCCUUUCCAAUUCUCUCUCUUCCUCUCUAAUCUUCUUUCUCUCUCUUCCAUUUCUUCACACCUUGUUUUUUUUUUUCAUUCUGUUCUUUGGUGUGGUUGGUUUGUAGCAGAGCCCUCCUAUGCUUUUGGCCAAUGUAAACUUCAUAAGGGAAAGAAAGAAAUUGACAAACAAAUAUUUUUGUUGUGUUUGUGGGUCCUGGUCGGAGACAAUCACCCGCCUCUAUUUACAUAAUAAUAAUAAUAACAAUAACUAUUAUUAUUGAGUAUUAUAACCAAGAGGAGCCUCAAAAGAUUGGUGUUUCCCUUUGAUCAUAAAGGGCAUCAUAAUCAGAUGAUGAAUUGUUUCCCUUGUUUCCAGUCUCAGAAGAGUAGGAAAUCUGCAAGCAAAAGGGACAUUGCCUCGCCUCCUUCAGAACCUGUUGAGGCUGAGCCAAAGAAACAAAAACCCGGAGAUGAGGAAGGACCACCCAAUGGUGGUGUGGCACAAACAUUCACCUUCCGCGAGCUUGCCACCGCCACUAAGAACUUUCGACAAGAAUGCCUCUUGGGCGAAGGUGGGUUCGGACGAGUUUAUAAGGGCACACUUGCUUCCAAUGGCCAGGUGGUUGCUGUGAAGCAACUUGACAAGCAUUCUCAAGGAAGCAAAGACUUUGUGACGGAGGUGAACACCAUUAGUGUCCUGAAGCAUCAGAACCUAGUUCAAUUGAUAGGAUAUUGCGCCGAUGGAGAUCAAAGGCUCUUGGUGUUUGAAUAUAUACCUAAUGGCUCCCUUGAAACUCACCUCCUUGAGAUGACGCCAGAGAAAAAGCCAAUGGAUUGGAUUACAAGACUAAAGAUAGCAUAUGGAACUGCAGAAGGUCUAUCCUACUUGCAUCUCCAAGCGAAUCCUCCUGUUAUCUAUAGAGACUUGAAGCCUUCCAACAUUUUGUUGGAUGAUGAUUUCAACCCUAAACUCUCAGAUUUUGCAUCGGUGAGCUUUGGCCCUGAUGGAGAUAGUAAGUUCCCAAUUCAAUCCAGGGCAAUGGGCACCUAUGGCUAUUCUGCUCCUGAAUACUCUGGGGUCGGCCAACUCACCUCCAAAUCUGAUGUCUAUAGCUUUGGAGUCAUUCUGUUAGAGCUCAUCACUGGGCGUAGAGCCAUUGAUACCACCAGAUCAAAUGACGAGCAAAACCUUGUUCAAUGGGCCCAACCGAUAUUUAGAGACCCAAAGAGAUUUCCGGACAUGGCAGACCCGUUGUUGAGGAAGCAAUUCCCAGAGAAAGAUUUGAACCAAGCCGUCGCAAUUGCAGCCAUGUGCCUCCAGGAGGAGCCUGGAGCGCGUCCUCUGAUGAGCGAUGUGGUUAUGACUCUAAGUUUCCUUUCCACAAAUCCAUCAGACAUUCCUCCACCAUCGACUCCUCCUCCUCCUCCAGUGGAAGAGAAAUCGAGCAGGGAAAGCUCCGACGACGACGACAGCGGAAGCGAUUACGACGAUGAUGAGUACCACCAAGGCUCGAAAAGACACAGCGGACGAGAUGAAUCCGAGGAAGAUGACGAAGAAGAGGAAUACAGGAGUUCCGAUUUUAGCGACGCUAGCAGUUACGAUGACGAGGAAGGAGAUCAACAUGUCGUCGGCUCGACCGAUGGGGAUGGGGAAGGUACGGAGAUUGACGGCGGGUCUUUGGAUGGCGGCGGGUUUUCACGGCGGAAGUAUAGUAAAAAAAUUAAGGACAAAGGGUCGGUGAGCAGCCGAAAAGGCGGUAAAAAAGUGAAAGGGAAACACAAAGGGUCGGCGAGCGGUCGAGGCGGUGAAAAUUCUUGAUUGACCCAUCAAGCAACACUAGCUCAAAUAACCAACAUAGAAUCAGCAUGAGAUCAAAGAGAGAGCGGAAAGCAUCAGAGGACAAGAGAGCCCCAAUGCAAUUGUCAUAACGUGGAAGGGGGGGAUAUAUGAUUUAUUUGAUCAAUUAAGUUAGGUUUUAACUUAAUUAAUUAUUUUCAAAACCAAACAACCAUCUUUAGCGUCUCUUCUCUCUCUACUGGAGAAAUGAAGAAAGUAAAAAAAAUGAUAUUUAUGUUGAUAAGAUGAUUUGUUGGAUUGGGUGAAGAGGGGAAAAAUGAGGGAAAAACUGAAUAUGAGAAUGAAGGAGAAAAAGAAAAAUGGCCGGUAGGGGAAGCAUAAAAUGGAAUGGAAGGCUUUCGUAUUAAAUUUUUAUGUAGUUUAAAUUUCCAUUUCCUUGUACUAUCCACAAUUUUCUUUGAUCAUGCCCACUUAACCUUGUUCGAUUUCAUUUCUUCCAAAAUUUUAUUUCAAAUUCGAACCUGUUUAAGUAAAGACGAUAAAAGCCAAGUUAUUCCUCGUAACUUAAUUUUAGUCGGCGUGUGUUGGUUUGAAUUUUUAGUUAAUUGAUUAAGCACUAUAACUUUUCGAAUGACUACAGUACCUCGGUAUAGCUCAAACCUUUUCAGAGAAAAUUCUAACCAAAGAGUAGUUGAUGUUUUUCUUAGAGAAUCUCUAUUAAGUUACACUAUAUUAUGGAGAUUGUGUGUGACCUCCGUAUACUACAACUACUUUAACACUUAUGGACAAUACUUUAUGGAAAGAGAGCUCCAAAUAAUAAAUACAUAAACAAAGUGUAGAACUUGAAAAUGUGUCAUCAUUUAGGUGAUUGUACCAUCUCCACAAGUUGACUAAGGUUCAACCUGGCAAGUGCCAACAAAUACAUAAGGUCGAGAACUUGGGUAUGAAAACUUGAGCCAGAUGAGGAUAUCAUCCUAAUCAACGAGGAACUCUUUU